CUGUACAUGACAGUUAAUAUCGCGCAGCCUUUCUGUUAUUUCGGGUGUCAUAGACGCCAACAUAUUUUAAGUGAAUGAUGUGGAAUAAUGUUGAACUUCUGCUAAAUGAAGACACGAACACAGUUCGACUUUACAGCGAUGCCGAACAAGAGUCCACCAAUGCGCUUUAUCAAGUGGAUACCCUGGUGAAAAUAUCAUCAUCGGAGAAGGUGUUGUCUAAUCCAAAGGUUUACGCCUUUAGUAAUCCAAACUGCAACGUUGUAGUGGCAGACACGGCCGUGGUUCUCUUUGAUCCUGGUUUUCAGACUAUACUUUUCCAUCUAUAUUUUGACACUUUGGUAGAUGCAGUUACCAUUUGCCCUCAAGGACAGUUUCUUCUGAUUGGAGAGAGAAAUGGCAGUCUGCACAUUGUCUAUGUCCCUCUGAAAAAGACCGUGCUGACCAAAACCCUUCAACAGCAAAACCCCUCGAAUGGUGAUGAGACAACCUUCAAAAGUCUUAUACUACACGAGACACCUUGUUCUCCGGGAUUGUAUGACCUCUACCUUGUUGUUCACGAUGGUUUCCUACACAUAUCCAAUCUUGCUUUGGGAAACAUCCGGAAAGCGAUUGAAAACAUGGAUCUAGGGACCUUAAAUGAGAUCCAAGCACACAUUCACAUGAACUUCUAUUCAACUAAGGAGAUUCAUGAAGAUGGCUGUAUUUCAGCUGGUCUGGUCUGCUUUGGAAACACAGUCCAUCUUCUGAUCGGGGCUGAUGGUUCGAGUGUUCUUUCACAUUGGAGCAUGAGUCACGGCCAAACAUCACUGUCUCUCACAAACCAUCUUCACUGCGAUUUAAUAUCAGGGGUGAAGAAGAUUCAAGUUGUGGAUAAUUUGAUUUAUGUUCUGAACAAAGAGGAUAUGCUCAGCUUGUUGGAUUUACAUUCGUUCGUUGUCCUCUGUUGCUGGCCUGAUCAAUACAUGGUUGACUUUCUGCUCAUAUCCGACAGAAACUCCAAAUCCUUUACAACGCAAAAUGACACCAGCAUGAAAAUCCUGACUUUGGUGGUUGAGGAACACGAGUCUUUUUCUAGGAAGCUUGUGGUUCAGUCGCUCCCAUCUAUGGAGGUUUUCUACUCGCUCAAAGUUUCUUCUGAGUCUUGGUUGAUCCAGAAGGAGAUCAGUAUGGACACAAUCUACUUGCUUGAGGGGAUUUUAGCUGACACGAAGAGCAGUCCUGAAGAUCCUGUGUCUACUGUCAUGAUAAGAUACUUCACAGAAGCUCUACCAGAAAACAGACUAAAUAAACUUCUUUAUAAGCACAAGUUUGAAGAAGCUGAGAAAUUUGCAAAAGCUUUCGACCUGGACGUUGAGCUGGUAUAUAAAGUGAAGAUGAACGUUGUGUUGGAAAAGUUCAUCUCAGCAUCAGGCAGCGAUCAAAGUCAUGAGUGGACCGAGCUUAUCGAAGAGGCCAAAACCAACCUGAUGAAGAUUAUGGAUGAACAGUUUGUGGUGCAGUACUGCCUAACUGCUUUCUGGCCAACUCUCAGUAUAGCUGAGGAGAUGUUGAAUUACGUCUCAAACCGCUUCCCUUGCUCCCAGGUCCAAAUAGCUAUGGCUAAGCUCGCCACCUUCUCCAGCAUGUAUGGACCCAACAGUUUUGAGGGUGUUUCAUGGAUUGAUUUUUUAAACCGCACAGAUUAUCUGAAAGACAUCCUUGCUCUUCUGAAAGAGGGAAAUCUUAGUGGAGCACAGUACUUAUGGCUGCGACAUGAGGGUGAGAUUGCCAGUGAUUUUGAUGAAGGCUCUCUGAACAUUCUGUUAGCCUCCAUUCCAUCUGACGUCCCAUCACAGGACCUUAGUGUGUGGUUUAAGGGUAUGGUCGUCCCAUUUGUAUGGAGAGUGCUGCCAAAAGGACAGAAAAUCCUUGCUAGAUGGUUGGAGCAGCGUGCAAGGAAUCUUGAGUUAACAGAAAAGAAUGAUUGGCCUCAUAAUGGACUCGCUCUGGCCGAACUGGGCCUGCCUUCCCUCUGGAGCUCCAUGGGUUUGGCUGACAACUGUGGAGAUGAUGACGUGCAAAAUCUUCAGUCUUUGGUGAGAAACCUCCGUCAGCUGUGUGAUCUCUACACUAAAUACAACUGCCAUCUUUCAUUGUCGGACUAUGAGAGGGGAAGCACUCGCAGUAUGGCCUUUCUGAUGCUGGAUAAGGUUCAAGCUCCAGAACUGAUCCCUGCUGUGAUAAAGAGCAGCGUUCGGCCCUACGCGCUUGAGAACAGACUGGACCUGGACCAGACCUUACUGGACUAUAUCAAGGAUUUGUUGGACUGCUGUAGCUCUCAGAUCACCUCUCUCUUCACUGAGUGGGAAGCCAAAGCUGUGGCUGUGUUACACUGCAUGACAGACACUAAUAAAGUGAUGGAUGCUGUGAUUCAGAUCAUGUAUAAGGCAGUGGUGCCCUGGAGCGACACCAUUGAGAAACUUGUUCAGCAGCACCUGGAGAAAGAGCAUCCGAAACAGGAGCUUUUGCGAGAAGGUUACAGACUGAUGGAAAUCAAGAAGCUUUUCAGAUGUUACGGCAUUCGCAGCUUAGCCCUGUCGAACUCUCGAGAGAUUAUGAUGCUCGUGAGACAUGUUCUGAAGCAGGAUCUUCCCAGCUCGCUCCAGGACUCUCUGAAGCUAGCAGAGGCCUACAAACUUAACCACGCUGAGAUCUACCACCUUCACUGCAUUCAGCUUAUACAGCAUAACAGGAGAGAGAAGUGCAUUGAGUUGCUGAAGAAUCUGCCUCAUUCAGAAGCUGAAUACGUGAUUGAGCGCAUGGCCUGCUGGGCAAGACUUGAGCUUCAGGAUAAGCGACACAUUUCUAAUGAGCACAAGAAACUACAGAUGCUCACAUCACAGAUUAUGGUUGAGGCUUUGAAGUACCUGCAGAGCAUUCAGACAGAUGAUGCCUUCAAGAGAACAGAGUGUGAGAACAAUAUGAAGAUGUUCGCUGCCAUUGCCCAUCUACAGGAGGACUUUGACAUCUUCCUGACACCGGCGGAGUACGACGAUCCAGUAGUGAGACACAAGUUCAGCCAGCAGCUCAUCACCGCCUACGAGAACACGCAGGCGUGGCGCCGCUCAGGAAAGCAACAUCCCGACAAAGUCUCCAACCGAGUGGAUGACAAUACUGCCAUAGCCAACGAUCCAGAUGGCAAAACAAAAUCUCUAUCGACUGAAGCGGGACUCCACCGGCUGGCCAGACAGCUGCAGAAGACCGAGCAGGAGCUGUGGGCAGACCUGGCGCUGAGAGCUUUGGAUGCUGGAGACGUGGAGAAGGCCCUUAAGAUUCUUAGUGAACUGUACCAGCACCACCCAAGCUCCAGCACAGGAAGAGUCCUGUUUAACACUGCCCAGCGCCUCUGCCAAAUGCUCGAGGAGAACGUGCCCAUGGUUCUGCCUGAGAAAGUGAAUCUUCCCGCUGUCAUUAACGGGUUGGCCUGCCAGGCCAUCACUAUCUGCCACAGUGACCUUCUGCUUGACUGUGUGGAGUUGUGCAAGAGCACCCGGAGCGCUGCGGAUGUCUACAGACAGUGUCAGAUUGAAGAUUUCGGAUUUUUCGCCAAGGAAUCGGCACUGAGCGAUGGAGAGGAUGUAUACACCGAAUCCAGUUUUAACGACAGGUUUAAUGAAGACGGCAUUGUUUUGGAUCCAGUAUCAGUGCUUCCGCUCCAGUAUAAAAUCACCACCAAUCUGUUACCACUGUCAGAUUCAUGGCUUUACCCUUUUGACUGUUCUUGCCUGUCGUAUUGUGCUCUUAAAGAAGAUACUGAUCUGGUCGGACCUUUGCUCAAUCCCAUGGCCUCUAUGUUACAAACACUACAGGAGUGCAGUCAGCUGGAACUGGCUCUGAGACUUCUGAUGGAGUCCUACGGCAGUAUAUUACUGCACUUCGUCUCCAAUAACAUGGACGUUUCUCUAAGCACGCAGCUUUACUCCAGCAGCCGCAUGGCCAGAGACAAACAGACUCUUGAGCAAAUCGAGAAAACAGCUCUUACAUCUGUCACUGUGGUUGUGGGCUUACUCUUACAGAAGGUGCUCAACUGGAGAGUAGUCGACUCAGACUUGGCCAUUGGAUUUUGUACUAUUUUGUCCAAAGCUGCAGUCGUUGAUAUUUUGUGGAAGAUGAUCGGCAGCGCCUGGCAAAAUUAUGACAAGAUUAAGGCUGUUGCUAUGGUGGGAGCCCAUUUUAGUUUGUUGUAUAAAGAUGAAGAGGAGAGAGGAAAGUUUCUGGCCGUCAUCACUGAUGCUGAGUGGGGCAUUCAGUUGGGCAAACUUGGGGUUUCCAUUCAGUCUGUAUUCAGACAAUGCAGAGAGACGAAGAGGAACUUGAUAACUACGCUUGUGAAAAACAAAAACAUCACUCCUGACGUCAUUUUGCAGUACUGCAGCACAUUUGAUCUGGACUGCGAUUCGGCGAUCAAUCUGUACAUCACGACUCUGCUGCAGGAUGACACCUGCUAUGAGACGGAGGGGGCAGAAGAUCACGACCCCAAUCCUCCUCAGAAGGCCAUCAAACAAAAUGGAAAUGAUGACAAGCUGGAGCGAGCACUACAGAUUGUUCCUCGACUCAACUCGACCCGAGAUCUUGUGAUCAGUCUUAACACGGCUUUGACCAAGCUGAGUCCUUACAAUUAUGAGCGGAUUGAGAGGGUGCUCAAAACCGUUCAGAUGGCGGAUGAGAGCACCAGCCUGUUACCUCUUGGUCAGAUGAUGGGAUUACUGCAACACUUAAAGUCACACAGAAGAAUCUCUCCCCCCACCGAUCUGGAGAGCUCAUACCUGUUGGAGAACUGUUUAGAGCCAACGUCUCUCUCCGGCACCCGUCUGCCAUUUCACCUGCUCUUCCAGACCAGCCACGCCUUCUGGAAGAUUGUUUCUCCAGAGCUCAAUGAGGAGACUUUACCCACAUUACUCUUCAUCUGUAAACUCAUGAAGGUUAAUCUCGACAAGCUGUACGUUUUGGCUGUGAACCACGUGUUCAAGAAGAGCCUCUUGCCGUUGGUGUUGGAUCAGUCCAAGCAAACCCAUCUUCUCGAUCCUUCAAGAGAAAUGUCUGCGGUGACUCAGAUCAUCUUUAAACAUGUGCUGUGCAUCCAAAAUCUGGAGCUGGCUGCAGCCACAGUCCAUAAGAUCGCACAGGACCUUCCUGCAGGUGCAGAAAAGACGGUUUUCUUAAAGUUCAGCUUGGAGCUUGUACACAAGUUGCUAAAGUCAGAUACGCUUGAGGAGAAUCUGAAGGCUCGAGGAGAGGUGCUCACCUCCAAACUCCAGCUGCAGUAUCAACGCUCGGCCACAGAAAAUGCCCUCCUGUCAUCUCAGCUCGGCUCCACGGAGCUCCUGAAGCUCACCGGACUGCCCGGCCGUCUCAUUGUGGCUCUCUUUGAGCACAGCUCAGUGGUGGAGCGCAUGAAGAGUCCUGCGGGACAGACCUUCCCCGAUAUUCACAGCGUGGCCAAAGAGAUCGCUUCCAUCAAUGGCGUAGACUUUCUGAAGAUCCGAAAUAUUCUUCUGGAGAAGUGGCUGUGCCAAACUGGACCGUCUAAUGGCAAGGACAUCAGUCAUCAGGACAUGGUCACUGAUAUCAAUGAUGACCCUGAUCUCAUGAGGGUCGUGUAUUUGUUGCAGAUGCACCCCAUGGAUAUAAGUGCCCGUUUGCUCAGUCCUAUCCUGACAGCUCAGACAUGGCCACUGGGAGGAUCAGGUCUGCGUUUGACCUUUGAGCAUCGCAGUCGGGCUCUGCUCUGUCUCACUCACUUAGCCGAUGCGGCGACAUUGGAGGCUCUUUCCAAUCAACCCAGCAGCAAAAUCAAGUAUUAUUUGAAGUGUUACGUCUAUCUUGCCCAGCUGGAAGCUCUUAACAUACCGUAUACCCUGGAGAUGUUCAUCAGCAGCCCAAAGGAGGGCAUGAUCAAGGGUUUGUGGAAGAACCAUAGCAAUGAACCUCAGGCUGUUCGUCUUGUGGCAGAUCUUUGUUUGGAGUAUCAGGUUUAUGAUCUUCAGCUCUGGAAUAGUGUCCUGCAAAAACUUUUGUCAUUCAAUAUGACAGGUUACUUACAGAAGGUUCUUGAAGCUCUCUUGGCAGCACCCAGUCUAUUAGAGGGACAGGGUCUGUCCAGGACCUGGCGCAAUGUCAUUCAAGCCCCCUUCCUGACAGCCUCUCUUCCUCUCAGUCCUCAACAGCAAGAGAUCAUGUAUAAGACUUUUGUCCUCUUACUAAAAUGCCCAUUUUUGUUGACACUGGAUCUGGUUGCCAUCGCCAAGCGGUUUUCUCAGUUUAACCUGCAGGCCUUUUCUUUGGGCGCCCUUCUGCUCAUACCUUGUGUCAAUAAGAAGAAACCACACAUUCAGAGCUUUCUGUCGUCCUGUAACCCGACCCUCAUUCUGGAUCAGGUAGAGGACAGCAUGACCACUGGAGAGCUAGCCGGCAUUCCUUCACAGAUCAGAGAGACCGUGUUUGUAUUUCUUUGUGAAAAUGGCCGGUCAGAGGCGUUGAUAAAGACCAGACACUUCAAGUAUCUGAAGAGACAUCUGAUCACAAAGGGUCACUGUGAUAUAGUGGAGGAUCUGUUGAACUACCUCAUGCAGCAAAACUGUAAAGAGGAGGCAGUUUCAUUUUCCCAGGAGUAUUUGAAAUACAAACAGCUGAAGGGAAGGGACGUGAGCAGCACUGCUGAUCCUGUCAGGGAGUUUCUGGAAAAAACAAUGGAAUCCAGGGAUAUGAAGAAAUCUACAAAAAACUAAUACUAAUACUAAAACUGUAAUUAUUAAUACAUCAUUUGUUCUGUACAAAACAUGCACUUAUGUAAUAUUUAUAUUUUAUUUGCUUGCACAAUCUACAUGUUUUCUCUUCUUUGCUAAAAAGUUAACGUUACAAUUUUUAUUAUAAAAUAAACUGUUCUUUCUACUAUUAAAUGUUGUUGUUUGUGAUUGUUUCAACAUUUACUUAUUUUUUGA